AAAGAACACGUCAUCUUCUUUCUAUAUAAACCCUCACUCAUUUAUCAUCAUCCACCAAAGAAGAAGUUAAUACCCAAGAAAAUUUCCUCUCAAUUACCCUUGCAACCCAUAAACAAUCUCCAGCAUUCAUAGUUCUUAAAAAAAAAAGUGUACUUAUAGAACAAAAAAUGGUGAAAACAAGAGUUAGCCUUAUGGGGUUUCUUGUUUUAGCAGUGGCUGUAGUCUUUCUUCCAUCCCAAACUCAGGCACUAAUGCCAUACACACGCCCCUUUUGGGAUAUAAGAUUUCCACCAGAGGAUCCUUUCGGGAUUCUUGAACAAACCCCACUGACUAUUCCAAAAGGGAUCGAAUCAAUAGUCUUAGCUCGCUCAGAUUGGAAGGAAACAGGAACAGAGCAUGUAAUUACACUUGACAUACCAGGGUUGAAGAAGGAGGACAUCAAGAUUGAGGUAGUAGAAAACAGAGUGUUGAGAGUCAGUGGAGAAAGGAAAACAGAGGAAGAAAUUGAAGGGGAGAAAUGGCACAGAGCUGAAAGAACUUGUGGGAAAUUUUGGAGACAGUUUAGACUUCCUGGAAAUACUGAUUUGGAACACAUAAAGGCUCAUCUGGAAAAUGGUAUCUUGAAGAUUACUGUGCCAAAAUUGGCUGAAGAGAAGAAAAAACAGAGUAAGGUGAUUAGCAUUGCAGAGGAAAGCAAAUCUGCUGGUGGUGAGGAUAUUAAAGCUAACAAAGCUGAGAUGUAAAUUAAUAAGUCUCUAAUUUGGUUUGUUGGUUGUCUUUUUCUAUGUCUUGGCCUUUGUUUGUGUGUAAUAAAGUUGUUGAAUAUAUAACUAAGGAUUAUGAUUUUUCCUUCUUAGUUCUCUAUGAAACCCCAUGUGACAAAAAUUAUUUCAGUAUAAAGAGUUGGGACUUUUUCUGUGUAAUCUGCAAAACAAAGU